AUGGGACCGCUGGCUGGGACCAUUGUUUGCGACUUUUACCUGAUCCGUAAGCGCAAGUUGGAUGUUCGUGAGCUCUACAGAGAUCAUGGAAUCUACUGGUACACUUACGGAGUCAACUGGAGGGCCGUUGUGUCAUUCCUCCUCGGGUUUCUACCCACGCUACCUGGUUUCGCGCACAGUAUCGAGAAGACACUUGAUGUUGGUGGUGCUUGGAAGCUUUAUACAUUCGCAUGGCUCUUCGGAUUUUCUGUGGCGGUUGUGUCGUAUUAUAUUAUUUGCACCUAUAUCUCUCCGCCAACGGAAAGCUUGGUAGAUCUUGCGGUGUUGCCGCCCGGUAAGGUUUAUCCGUCUCUGGGGACUACGCUCGAAGAAGUUCCUAGGGAUGAUAAGGUUGAGGAGAUCGCAGUUGGAGAGAAGGAAAUUGUACUAGAGAGCAGAGACUCACCUGUUUAG